UCAACCAGCUGCAAACACCCAUGAACAUGGCAAGGCAAAACCUGCCUUUCGCCAUUAAAUCUGCAUUAAAAACCACAAUCAACUCCUUAAUUUUAGAAACCCAUUUGUCCAAUUGCCAAAAUUUGUUCCAAUUCAAUGAAAUCCUUUGUCAAACAAUCUCCACCGGCCUUAUAAAAGACACUUACGCCGCGAGCAGAAUCCUUCAAUUUUCGGCAAGUUUGUCGUUCGCUAAUCUUGAUUACUCUCGCCGAAUAUUUGAUCAGCUUGAGAAUUCAAAUGGGUUUAUCUGGAAUACCAUGACGAAGGCUUAUUUAGUCAGGAAUUUGAAUCAGAAUGUCAUCACUUUGUAUAAAAGCAUGCGAUACUGUAAUAUUAGUCCUGAUAGUUAUACUUAUCCUAUUCUGAUUCAAGCUUGCUCUAUUCGGUUUCCAGAAUUAGGAGGGAACGCGAUUCAUGGGCAUGUAUGGAAGAUGGGUUUUGAUUCUGACAUCUAUGUGAGGAACACACUGAUCAAGAUGUAUGCUGUUUGUGGCUCUAUGAGAGAUGCACGCCAAGUGUUUGAUGAAAGUCCUGAGUUAGAUUCAGUUUCAUGGAACUCAAUUCUAGCAGGGUACAUUCAGAGUGAAGAUUUAGAAGCAGCCAAAGAGCUGUAUGAUCUGAUGCCGAAAAGGGAUAUAUUUACAGCAAAUUCAAUGAUUGUUUUGUUUGGUAAAUUGGGUCAUGUAGCUGAAGCACGCCAAUUAUUUGAUGAAAUGAGAGAGAGGGAUAAGGUUUCAUGGAGUUCUCUGAUCUCGUGUUACGAGAAAAACGAGUUUUAUCAAGAAGCUCUAUCUCUGUUCAAGGAAAUGGUGACUAAUGGAGUUCUAAUGGAUGGGGUUGUUCUUUUAAGUAGCAUUUCUGUAUGUUCCAACUUGUAUGAUCUUCAUUCAGGAAGAAUGAUUCAUGGGUUAGCUAUCAAAAUCGGGGCUGAUUCUUAUGUAAACUUACAGAAUGUCUGCAUUCACUUAUAUGCUCGAUGUGGGGAUAUAAUGGCUGCUGAGAAGCUGUUUCAAAGCAGCCAGAAGUUGGAUCAGGUAUCCUGGAACUCGAUGUUAUCUGGGUACAUGAAGUGUGGGAUUCUGGAAAAAGCUCAAUCAUUGUUUAACAUCAUUCCAAUGAAAGAUGUAGUUUCAUGGAGUUCAAUGAUAUCUGGGUAUGCUCAACAUAACCAGUUUUCUGAGACCUUGAAAUUGUUCCAACAAAUGCAACAAGAAGGGAAAAUUAACCCUGAUGAAGCGGUGUUAGCUAGUGUUGCUUCAGCCUGCACCAACUUAGCUGCACUUGAUCAAGGAAAGUGGAUUCAUUCUUACAUGAGAAAAAAUGGGAUAGAAAUUAGUGACAUUCUUGGUACUGCUUUGAUAGACAUGUACAUGAAAUGUGGAUGUGUUGAAAAUGCAGUAGAAGUGUUUCAUGAAAUGGAUGACAGAGUGGUUUCUGUUUCUGUUUCUACUUGGAAUGCUAUCAUUCUUGGUUUAGCCAUGAAUGGAUUUGCUGAUAAAGCACUCGGGUUUUUCUCAGAGAUGAUAAACUAUGGUGUGAUUCCGAAUGAGAUAACUUUUACAGGAGUUCUUGGAGCUUGUCGCCAUAUGGGAUUAGUUGAUGAUGGGCAACACCAUUUCAGGUCCAUGGUUAGAGAUCACGGUAUAGAACCGAAUGUGAAGCACUAUGGAUGCAUGGUGGAUCUUCUUGGACGGGCGGGUUUUCUCAAAGAAGCAGAGGAACUUAUAGUGAAUAUGCCAAUGGAACCUGAAAUGACCACUUGGGGUGCACUUCUUGGUGCUUGUAAGAAACACGGUGAUAACGUUAUGGGAGAACGGGUUGGAAGGAAGCUUGUUGAGCUGCAUCCUGAGAAUGAGGGGGUUCGUGUAAUGUUGUCUAAUAUCUGUGCUUCGAAAGGUGAUUGGGGUGAUGUACUUGAGAUCUGGCAAAAAAUGGGAAUGUAUGGAACAGAUAAAGCUCCAGGAUGGAGUUUAAUUCAAGGCAAUGGAUAUUCUUGAUCCAUGUCAUAUAACAAAGACAAUACAAGCAAAAUACAGGAGUAAACCUGAUCAACUAUAGCUAGGGGUGUAAGUGGAUUAAGAAAAGUCCAAAGUCCAAUCCAAUCCAGUCCAAACUUGUCGGACUGGAUCGGACUUGUAAAAAUUUGGAUCGGACUCGGACUCGGACUCAAAUUACCAAGUCCAAUUAUUUUUGGACUGGACUUGGACUCAACCUUUUGUAGUCCAAAAAUCCAAUUAAAUAAAAAGUUUUAUGAUAUUAUUUAUAGAUAAA